AUGGUAUAUAUUUGGGUUGAAGUGAGUGAAAAGAUUUUCAAGUCUGUUGUCAAAAGAGUUGACCUCGUGUUACCCCGCACAAUUGCUGCUCCUUGUAUCGAAGCCAUUUCUCGAAAGACGCACGACUGUCUAGCAGCAUCUAAAAGAUGGCAUAUCCCCUUGGAUUUCCACCUAUUUUACCUUCACGGUAAACUCAACAACAUCCUCACUAGCCAACUCAAGUUUGUGCCAAGUUUCAUAGUCUUCAUGAGGUACCUCAUUAUUCCAAUCUCUGAAAAGCUCCGACUUCGUCUUCCUCGUCAAUUUCAGCUUCUGUGGCUCCGCCUUGAAUUACAGGCAAACUUUAUAGAAGAUACCGGUUUCGCAUCCCCAACCACCACCUUGUCUUUAGGUUUUUGGAAGUACUCUUCGGCGGUAACAUCAUCACCACUCGAAAAGAUUGAGACGGAAAUUUGGGAUUCGAGCGUUGUGGUAACUAGAAGAUGCACGCCUUUGGUCGUCCUUGCGCGAUCUAUGUCUCGAGAUGUUUCGAUAUUUACCAAGGGCUUUGGGUCUCUAACACUACUUUGUAAGAUGAGAUUGAACAAGCAGAUCACGCGUGUAUCUGAUGAGAGCGGGUUGUUGAAUCAGAUUUUACAGAAAGUGUUCUAUUGCUUCUACAGUAUGAAUUUAGGCGUUGAUGCAAAGGAGAAGCGAAUAGCAAAGCAUGGAAACCUCCAUACGGUUCACUUUAGGAAAAAACAUUUGAGAAUGUCCACUCAUAAGGGAUGGAAGGAGAGCGAUGUGAGGGAGAGCGAUGCGAGAGAGUCCGAAGCAUUAUUGUGUAGACUUGACUUCCCAGUAUUGUAUUCGACGAAUACCACCGUCCGCGAUCUUGAAGCUUUAACGGUAUCUCCAACGGCGGCUGAUGUCGCUCCAUUAAAAGCUAAGAUUCUCUUUGACUUCAUCCAAACUAGGAAAAUGCUGCAGGCUAUACGGCCAGCCCACUCGAUCCUCACUUUGGGACGCUGUAUAUCAUUAACCUCGCGUUUGACAUCCGCACGUGGUAACGGAUUCAAAUAUUAUUUGCAAGAUUCUCCCGUUUGCCGACCCUCCUUCGAGCAGAGGCCCAGGCUAGAUAUUCCCGUACACAUCCAGGCCGUUGACACUGGCCAUUUUCUGGCGCGAUUUGGCGAAAACCAAUGA